AUGCACCUCCGACCGGACCACGCCGUCCGGGACCUCCCAACCCUCCACGCAUUCAUCCGAGCCCACCCCCUCGGCAUUAUAACGACCUCCCUCCCAUCGGACAAUUUCCCAACACUUCAAUGCAGCCAUAUUCCAUGGGUCCUAGACUCAGAAACUACCCAGUCAAGCUGCAAUGUAUCCAAUGGAGAAGAACCCCACAGCUCUACCCCAUUUCUCGGCAUCCUCCGAGGCCACAUCGCCCGCGCAAACCCCCAAACAAAAGCCCUCCUCGAAGCUAUUUCCUCUGACCCCUCCACUACGGGAUCCAUCCUGCCGGAGGAAGUCUUGAUCAUUUUCACAAGUCCAACGGAUCACUACAUCUCACCGAACUUUUACAUCGAAUCGAAACCUGCUACUGGGAAGGUUGCACCAACGUGGAAUUACGCCGCUGUUCAAGUCUACGGCCGGGCGACAAUAUAUCAUUCCAAGGACGCGUCGACGGGGGCAUAUCUGCAUCAACAGUUAUCGGAUCUGGCGGUUUUGGGUGAAGAGGGUGUUAUGGGGUAUGGAAAGGGAAAUGGACAUGCACAUGCACAUGCACAUGGAAAUAGGGCUAUGACGAUGCCGUGGAAGAUUGAUGAUGCACCGGUGGCGUACAUCGAGACUCUGAAGAAGAAUAUUGUUGGGAUCAGAAUUGACAUUACGCGGAUAGAGGGCCGAUUUAAGGUGAGUCAGGAACGGCCGGUGAAGGAUCGUGGUGGGGUUAUCGAGGGACUUGAGGAGAUGGAGACAAGCAGGGCAAGGGAUAUGGCAGCUUAUGUCAAGAGUGGUGUGCUUCCGGGGUAA